AUUCUGGCCGGUUCAGUGCUUCCCCGCGACAACACGGUUCUCUGCCUACUGCACUGGAUUCUCACUUCCAGAUCCGGGUGCGGUGACAACGAUACGGUAUGCGUCACGCUCUUGGGCCGGCAUAGUACUCGAGUACUUAAACCUGACUCAACCCAACAACCCUCUCCCGCGUCGCUUGGUUUCCUCCCUACAAACGCCGACAAUGUCGUUUCUGAGUCUGCCAAACGAGCUCAUCCUCGAGAUCUGCAAGGAUGAGAGUCCCCAAGACCUUUAUUCCCUCGUCCUCACAAGUCGACACCUCGCCAACCUCUUGUCCCACGUCCUCGUCGACAGCUUGUUCCGUCCCCAUUCCAAGCGAAAGACGUACGCUAGGAAGGCAUUCUACUCUGCGGCCGAACGCGAGGACAGAACGAUAGUGCGUCUCCUCAUAGAGAAAGGAGUCCUCGAUAUUUUGGGGCCGGGCCAUAGGAGGCUCUUCUAUUACAUCACCGAGCCCCACUGCGGCAAGGCUGUUCGCACGCUCCUUGACUGCGGUGUCUCUGCGGAACUGCGUGAUGGCGUGUCCUGGUCCAUGAUCCACUGGGCAGCUCGUUACGGUGCCAUCACCGCGGUCGAGGAAUUCCUUUCUCGGGAGGAGGUCGCUGUUAACGUGCUUGACAGGGACAACUACACACCGCUGUAUAUCGCGUCACGUGAUGGGCGUAGGGCCCUCGUACAGGCGUUUGUGGGCUGUUCUCGGGUGGACGUGAACAUUGCGAACGCGCAACUUUUGACCCCGCUGGGGGUGGCGGCGUGGAGGGGGGACGUGGAGAUGGUCAAGAUUUUUCUAAAGCGUGCGGGGAUCGAGAGUAGUUUGUUGGGCACGCAUGCCACCGCACCGAUAUACCUGGCCGCGGAGAGUGCUCGGGUGGACGUUGUUCGGCUGUUGCUGCGUGACGGUAGAUGCGAGGCCAAUUGGAGGGACCCUGCGGGUCGCACGGCCUUGCACGUGGCGGCGGAACGUGGACAUGCGACGACGGUGCAAUUGCUGAUGCAGGAUGAGAGGGUGGAUGUUAAUAUUGUGGAUAAUUCUGGCACAACUCCCUUGUGCCAGGCCAUAAGGAAUGCGCGAGGGGCGGUGGUUCAGCUGUUGCUAUCUAGGGAUGACAUUGACCUUGACAAGGCCGAUGCCAAUGGGCAUACGAUCCCCCCAUUACCACGCUCUGAAUCGUUGGAAGUUAGGAGGUCUCUCUGGGAUUAUGUAGCUGCUACAGGUAAGGCUUUGGUCGGCAGUGUUGAUCCAUGGUGGAAGGGAUACAAUAGGGAGGUGGAUCUCGAGUAGGUGACUGGGAAUUGCGGUUGGCUAAGCGCAGUAACGAUUGUGGGCAUUACGAGUGAGGUUUAUCCUAUUCUAUGCGUAGGCUAUUUUGAGGCAACGUAUGCAGUCAUAGCAUAUCAUUCGAUAGGCUACUGGGGCUGUUGGAUUGUCUUGUUGAGAGAAAAUGAGCAUGUGUGCGCUCAUGUAGGGGAAGCUAGUAUCAUACUUGGGGCUCAAGAUAACCCUACGAAAAUUGUGCUCAAACGGUUGAAAUGAGCUGGGGGUGGGCGGGAAACGGUCGGAUAAGCUUUGAUAGGGUGGGAGCAUUCAAGACGAGCACAUGACAUUGUAUCUACCAACCCGACCCGUAGCCGACUGUUCCUAGACAAACUAUUCGCUACGAGGC